CUUUGCUCUUCAAUGCCCAAUAGCUUCGUCGUCUACCCUGUUCCCACUGUGACUAACGUCUCCAUCCGACGCUUAUCCAACCCAGCCGACACGGCUCAUAGACAGUCAGCGUCGUCAUACGUCAGGAAAAUGCCGCCGGAAGACAUAUAAGGCGCGCGGCUCGUACUGCCUCCCAUAACCGUCCUUCAGCGCAUAACUCAUCUCGCCCAAUGUCGUAUAUCUCUGAACUGUUCGGUGUUGAAGGCAGGGUCGUGGUCAUCACUGGUGGAGGCAGCGGCCUUGGCUACCAUAUGGCCGAAGCGUUCGUGAAGAGCGGCUCAAAAGUCUACAUCACAGGACGCCGCGAGCACGUCCUGAAGGAAAGCACGGAAAAGCUGAACAAACUCGGACCCGGCACGGCAGCAUACUUCUCUGCCGACUUGACCUCUCCGGACGAUAUCAAAAAACUAGUCGCCCACAUUGAGAGUCGCGAAGAAGUCGUGGAUGUUCUCAUCAACAACUCUGGCAUCGCCUUCGCCGACCCCGCGGUCAGCCAUAUGGAUACGAUAGAGCGCCUGCAAGGAGUCUUCAGCAAUAGCGAUCCCGCUGCCUGGGACAAGGUCUACCGCACGAACGUCUGGGGCCCCUUCGCCGUGACCAUCGCAUUCCUCCACCUACUGGCCGCCGCUGCGAAGGCACGACCCAACGAGGGCCGUGGGUCGGUCAUCAUGAUCUCGUCGACCAAUUCGAACAGCUGGAACCCCUAUAUGACCACGCUUGCGUACAACUCGUCGAAGACGGCGCUGAACCUGGUCACGAAGAUCCUAGCCGCAAAGGUUUACCCGCACGGCAUCCGCAUCAACAUUCUCUCUCCGGGGCCGUUCCCUACCGACAUGAACGACCCGAACUCGGAGGAGGGCAUGACGAACCCGAGCAACUACCACCGCCUUCCAAUGGGCCGUCCCGGCAACAAGGACGAGAUUGCCGGCGCGGCGCUGUACUUCGCGAGCAAGGCUUCCUCUUUCACGCACGGGGCCGACCUCCUUGUCGAUGGCGGGCUCGCCCUCAUCCAGAACGGCACCAACAAGAUUCAGCCGUAAAAGGUGCUUGCAUAUGUUGAUGAUCUGCUUUUGGAAUCUAGGGGGCGCUGUCAUAGACCGAGGGCGUUCACUACAGGCGAGCCUGCUGCGCUCGGCAAAGGGCUGUGGAUGCAUGAACAAUCAAGUAGACAAAACGAGGUUGGUACGAAAUGGGAAGAAAAACUCAGUGACGC